ACCCAGUGGUGGUUUGACGUUGGCCCCGGAGAUGUCUUGUGGAUGCCGGUGGCUGGGCGACCCGCAGGGUCGGUCCGGUGAGGAGAGUACGUCGUGAGGAAACGUCCAGGUUUUACGAAACGCAUCCCCGUGGACUUCCCAGACUAGAGGACUCGUCUCACAGAAAACUCAGUACCACGGGUUCAGGGGACCAAGGGGACGACCUCGGAUACAACCGCGACCACGCAUAGUGUUUGGAGCCGAAGGCUCGCCCAUUCCGCCAUUGCGCCAACAGGCGGCGCAAGAGGGCGGUGGGAGACUGUGCAUGCGCAGUUGGCGGACAUUUCCGCAGACAACGCUCGCAGCCACCUCGGGUCUCUCACGACAGCAUGAAGGCAGGCGAGGACGCCAGAGGAGCGCGCAGCGAGAAGCCGAAGAAGCUAGGUCUCUGCGUCCUCUGCGGACUGCCCGCAGCAGGAAAGUCGACCUUCGCGCGUGCCCUCAGCCACCGUCUACGGCAGGAGAGUAGCUGGGCCGUGGGCGUCGUCGCCUAUGAUGACGUCAUGCCAGACGCGUUCCUAGAGGAGGCGAGCGCUCGCCCAUUGCCAUCCCAGUGGAAAUCGCUUCGCCAGGAACUGUUGAAGUACCUUGAAUACUUCUUUCUGGCUGUCAUUAACGGGUGUCAGAUGUCUGCCCCACCCAGCAGGACUGAAGCCAUGUGGGAGGAUUUUCUAACCUGCUUGAAGGAUCAAGAUCUGAUAUCUUCUUCAGCACUUGAGGCCCAGUCUCACUAUCUCUUAACGAAGACUGCUGUUUCUAGACCUCUGCUUUUGAUUUUAGAUGACAACUUUUAUUAUCAAAGUAUGAGAUAUGAAGUCUAUCAGCUGGCUCGGAAAUAUUCAUUAGGCUUUUGCCAGCUCUUUUUAGAGUGUUCUCUCGAGACCUGUCUACAGAGGAAUGGCCAGAGACCACUUCCAGUGCCUGCCGAGACCAUCCACCUGAUGGGAAGCAAGAUAGAGAAGCCCAACCCUGAGAAAAAUGCUUGGGAACACAACAGCCUCACAAUUCAGAGCCCAGCGUGUGCUUCAGAGGCCAGACUGAAAUUGACUGAUUUACUGCUUACUGCUUUGGAAAAUCCAAUAAAGUACAUGGAGGAGAAUGUGGAACAAAAGGAAACAGACAGAAUUAUUUGUUCAACUAACAUUCUUCAUCAAGCUGAUCAGACCCUCCGAAGAAUUGUCUCUCAGACAAUGAAGGAAGCGAAAGGUGAACAGGUGUUUCCGUACAACUUGAAACUUCUAGCCGAAGAACUUAACAAGCUCAAAGCAGAGUUUUUGGAAGACCUAAGACAAGGAAACAAAAAAUACCCGUGCUUUCAACAAACCAUGGACUUAUCAGAUGUUAUUUCUUUUUUUCAUUAUGAGAAAGAAAACAUUGUACAGAAGUAUUUUUCAAAGCAGCAUUAAAACUUGAUUUCCAAUCAAAGCCAUUUUGGUUACGAUUUUGCAAACUAAUUUAAACAAUUCUGUAUUACUGGAUGUUUUCUAGGCCAAUGAUGUGAAUUGCCAAAGGGGGCGGGGAAUCAGUCCAUUCUAAAAGAUCCAUUUGUCAUAACAGAAACUACUUCAGUCAGUCACUUGUCAGAUGUGACAUGGAUAAUUAAGCAUCAGAGGAAGCCUUCCUCAUUUAUGUGCCAGAACAGUUUGGGGGGCAGGGGUCACACCUUAAAUAAAGAGAAGAAAUUAGGAAGGAGAAAAGAUGCUCAUUAUGGAACUGUUUUUGCUUUUAACUCAUGCAACGUCUUCUCAUGGGUAAGGCACUCUACAAACCCAAACCAAGGUAGCCAUAAAAUCUUCAAAAAAAAUUAACAUUUUACACACUGGAAAAUUAUUUUAAAAAUUGGAUCGUAGUUUUCAAAAAAGAAAAAUCGAGAUCAUUAGAAAGUGUUAUUUUUUAUUCAUAUAUUACAAAAGCAGAGCUUCAUUCACAAUAUGAACUACAUACUAGAUAGAGUUAUUUCAGCAUUAAACUGCUUUCUGGAAUCCCUAAACAAUAGUGUGUUUUGCAACCAUACUCAAGUUUUAUGUUUUACAUAUAAAAUACGUUCUUGACAUCAAAGUACAUAUUAACAAAACCAAGUUCUAGAAACCAUAUACCCUCUAAGACUACUUAAUGAAAAGUCCUUAGCAGGGAAUUUUUAAAAAAAUAAUACAUCCAUUUGAUAAAUAUUUUUGUAGAACUUAAAUGAGGUUUAUCUCUGAACAUUUUUUUAGUAAUAUUCCCUUUCUCAAACAGUUCUGCAGGUGAAUGGCAAACACUUAUUUCUAAAAUGAAAUAGCACUGGAAAAUAUCCAGUGAAAUUUUUUCAAAGUAAAAGUCUAGCCUUUACUUGAAUUUCAAGAAGUUGUAGCUACAUACUAUAUUCAUAAAAUCUGAAAUAAAAUUACUCCCUGUUAAUCUCUUCACAGUUUCUUAAAAAAAAUAUUAGUGGAGAUAAAGUAUCUACCAACUUUAAACAUCUAAACUUAUGUUCACUGAACAAAAAUAAAUUUAGUUUCAGAACAUUGCCUGUUAACAGCAAAGUAUUAUAAAU